GGAGAUGCUGCUGAUGUCACUCUGCUAGUCGCGCAUACAAACGACAACACAGCGAAAGAGGAUUUGUGAGUUUCCUAGAGGAUGGCGUUUGUGAAGAGCGGGUGGCUGCACAGACAGAGCACCAUCUUGCGGCGCUGGAAGAAGAACUGGUUUGACCUCUGGUCAGAUGGACGUCUCGUCUUCUACGAUGACCAGCAGCGGCGGGACAUGGAGGACGAGAUCCACAUGAAGGUGGACUGCAUUAACAUCCGCAAUGCCAGUGCUUGUCGAGAGCUCGCUCCUCCUGAAGGCAAAGGCAAAGACUCGCUCCUGCAGAUUGUCUGUCGGGAUGGUCGAGUGAUCAGCAUCUGCGCAGACAGUGCAGACGACGCGCUGGCUUGGACAAUGGCUCUCCAGGAUGCAAGGCUUAACACUGUUGUGGCUCCUCCUCAGAUGGGUUUUGGGGAGGAUCCUGUGGCAUCGGCUCCUCCACCAUAUUCUGAGCUAAACCCAACUCCACAGGUCUUUUAUCCUGAUGGUUAUGGCGGUUACGUUCCUCAUCCUCCACCAUAUGCGACACAGAUGGUUUACUCAGCCGACGGGCAGCAGUAUGCAGUCGCCUACCCUUAUCACUAUCAAGGUGGAUUCACUCAGCCCGUCAACCAUGUGAUUGUUCAGGAGCGCCGGCGCGAGGACACGGGUGAUGUGGCUCUGGGCAUGUUAGCCGGCGCUGCUACUGGAUUAGCCCUCGGCUCUCUGUUCUCCGUGUUUUAAUGACCCCCCGGGUAAACUUGGCUAACCUUUACUCACUUUGCGCCUCGAAUAAAACUCACAGCUCGGAUACUGUAGCAAGGCCGCGGUUGCAUUCACUUUGUUUUCAUCUUCCUACCAAAGCUUAUGUAUUUCCAUUAGGCACCGACAAAGGUGUUCGCUUUGCUAAUGUAAUCCGUGACUUCUAGAGAUGUACACUAAAAUCUUGCCAGCUAGUUUUGAGAUGAGAGCAAUUGGUGUGACUUGAGGAUCAGAAGAACACUGAAGCGUCUGAAAGUGUUUAGAGUUUUGCUAACAAAGUUCCUGUGUAGAAAUGAUACAUAGCCUGGUGAUGAUUAGCAAGCAGUUCGGGUUUUUCUGUUAGUUCCUGUUAUAGUAAACAUUCAGUGUUGCUUGCUGUUGCAAAUGUAGAAUUUUGCAGUAUGAAACAUGUUUGGAACUGAACUUUGGAACGGAAUGGGUCAAUUUGAUGAUUGGAAAAUAAACAUUUUGUCAAGGUUAUAGUUUUUUAGUUGACAGAGUAAUAAAUAUGUUUGUGAUAUUUAAAAGGAAUAGCUCUCUCAAAGCUCAAAAUUCAGUCUCAUUCAGUUUUUUUUUUUUUUUUAGUAAGUAAUUUUUCAAAAAAAAAAUAUUUGAGAGUUAAUUAAAAUCAAAAUUAAGCUGAAAUCUAUUUUUUUCACAAUAUAAUUUUUUUCUUUCAUAGUUUAAAUGGAGGUUUUCUCAAAUUUUCUAAUUAGUUUUCUCAAUUUAGUUUCUCAAAUUAGUUUUCUCAAUUCUCAAUUUGUUUUCUCAAAAAUUCUCAAAUUAGUUUUCUCAAAAUUACACAAUUUUGUUCUCAAUUUUGUUUCUUCAAAUUCAAUUUUCUCAAAAAUUCUCAAAUUAGUUUUCUCAAAAUUACCUAAACAUUAGGUUUCUCAAAUUCGUUUUUUUUUUUUUUAAUUCACAAUUUUUUCACAACACAAUUCACAACAAAAUUAGUUUUUUCAAAAAUGAGUUUUCUUAAAUUAAAAUCAUUUUUGUGUUUUAUAUUUUAUAAUUGGCUUUUUGGACAGCAAACUUGAAUUAUUCCCUUUAAAUGUAACAAUUGACAAACAUUUAGUUGAAAUCUGUUUUUUAUUAGUAUUAUUAAUAAAGAUGGACUUCCUCGAAAAAAAUGUUUUUUGCAUUUUGCUAAAUAGCUUGACUUAAAAAUCAUGUUUAUUUCAUGUUUAUUACUAGAUGGUGAUGAUGAUGACAAAAAUGUAAUUUUCUCACAUCAUAUAUUAUCAGAAAGCUCAUUUGACAGGGAAAACUGAUGAUGCUUCUUGAUUACGCUACGUGUUAUCCAGCAAAGAGAUUGUCCUUAAAUCCAGUGCACUUUUUUCCUAUUAUUUCUACAUCGUUUGCCUUCAUUGAACUCAUGUAUUGUUUACUUGUACUCAAGUGUUAAAAAGAGUUUUUUCCCUUUUUUGUGGA